CCACCCAACUAACUACUAAAUAUAUACCAUGUGUAUUUACGUAAUAAAAUUCGCGAUUUAAGUGAAGUACAAACAGAUACUAGGUAUACAUGAAAUUAUUCGCGACGGGAGAGGUCGAUCUAGAAGUUUGUUAAAUUUAUUAAAAAUUAAUCGCAUAUAAUUAUUUUAUCUGCGUAAUUUCUUCUCAAUUUGCAUAGGAGACGAUGACGUCAUCAAUAUUUCUAUAUUCCAACCCUAUCGUUACUUUCGGAUUAGCAGUCAUGAUGACAACUUUCUCUCAGACAAUUUCCGUAAAUUCAUCAGCCAACUGCAAAGAACAGAUGAGAGGCUGCAGAGAACACGUAUUAUUAACUUGUACUAACAUCACAAAAAUGACAAAUACGUCGUAUUGGUACCGUUUAUCACCCGAAAAAAUGAUGACAAUGUUGGAAAAUUCAUGUGACUUGUCCGGAUAUGAAGUAUCAAAAACAUACGAAACAACGGAAACAUGGCUGAAAUUUCUAUCCCCGUACGAUACUGGAUUAUAUUCUUGCUUAGAUCGAUCAAAACCGAGAGGGGAACAAGUGAUUUGCUGCAUUAAGUUGAACGUCGGUUGCAAUGGUAUUGAAAACAACUAUCACACAAAGCAGCAUUUGCAAAAAAUUGAGAAUGGCGAAGCGUCACCGUACACAUUUAGAAAGACCAUCACUUUUAUUUCUCGACAAACAGAUGAGCCGAUUGUUGUAAGAAGUUAUACUAGAGGAUAUCCCAAACCAAACUAUUCGACCUUCAAAACAAAUCACGAUGAUUUUUCUGGGAAAGACCUGAAAAUGUAUGAUGGUGAAAGUUAUUUGUUUUUACCAGAAGACAAACUGGAAAUACCAACAAGUUAUACCAUUCGCACAUGCAACACGAAUGGCUGUAUUGAUAAUAUUUUGCACUCCCUUCAUAAAAGUGGAAAUAAUACUGUUGUGAUAGGAGAAGUUAAGGGUGCAUAUGUGACAUUUUGUUGCGAUGCUGAGCUCAACUCGUCCUGGAAUGUACAAUGGUUCGUUAAAAAUGAAAAUGGAAAAAUAAAUACGGAAAAAAGACGUACAAGUUUAAACGCAAUGCCAUGCUUGUUCAUAUUUGACGUAUCUAAUAUGGAUGCAGGUACAUAUCAAUGUAGUAGAGAGCAAAAUUCAACAUGGGAGACGAUCGCUACUUUUGAAUUGAAAAUCUUCAAUGACUCGAUCUCUGGCAAAUUCGCAAUCAACCAGGCUACUAUUUCUGCUGAAAAUGUUCCUAUCAAAGAUUCCUCCUUCGGAAAUGACGGCUCGAUUACCAACAUGAUAAUCAUCAUUUUGAUAACUGCAUUGUCGGUAACCAUAAUAUUUUCCACAAAUUUCUUCCGCAAAUACAGAAAGGAAAUGAAAGAAAAAGACAUCGAGCUUGCAAAAAUGACGGAGCUGGUGGAGCAAAUCAUCAUCCCAAAACAGAUCUAUAUCGACAGCGAUUAGCCAGAUAUUUCGAUAGUGAAAAAUAAGGAAGAAAGAUGCUGUCACAACGUUUUGAAUGUCGAAGCAAUGCAUUCGGUGAGUUUUGAAGACGUUUUUAUGGCCAUGGUGACGGUUUUGGUGUCGGUUAAUAGCAUUUUUGAAAAUUUUGACUUACCUUGUUCUUGGAGUUUCUUCUAAGUUGGGAAAAUGAUACGACAUUGCUCACCAUUUGGAGCGAUUUUUUCACUUUGUCUGUGUUUUGCAGAACUAUCUAGACACUAAAUACGUGUAGAGAAAAUGCCUUUCGACCCCCACCACCCCCUCUCUCUUCUUGAAAAAAUUGAUGUGGGAAUAAUUUUUUUAUCUAGAAAAUAUGUACACGAUAAUUGAAACUUGUCGACGAAUAUUAAUUUAUAAUUCAUUAUUCAUUUCGAGCCUAUAAUUUUUCUGGUUCUCUGAGGAAUCUAGACCCCAAGUGAAUUCCCCACCCCCCAAUUUUGACUUGAUAUAUUCAUCCUGAGUUGUUAUUUUACUUGACCAAAAAAAUAUUCAGUUGUGUGCAGAAUAUUUAUACAUUUUUAUACGAUUUUAUUUCCUUCAUCAAGAAAAUGUGAACUGAUUAAUGUGUGCUGUAA